AUGGCGCUGAAACCUCUCUUCCCCCCUCCCCCAAUUCUUUCUGAAGAGAAAAAAGUCCCAAAAGCUGACUUUUGGAGGAGGGGGAGGGAUGGGGGCUUCUUCCUUUUUUUUUUUUGUUUUUCCAAUCAGGCGCUCUGUUAGCCACCUAUGGCCUCGGAGGCGAUGGCGAGGCCCACCUGCAGGGGGCGCUGAGGAGGCGCUGCGGCCAUUUUUCCCCUCAGGCGGGCCGAGUGACGUCAUCAGGGCGCGCGGGCGACGCCAGGGGAGGCGGAAGGGAGCCGCGAAGGGAUGCUGGAGGCGCUGCUGUCCGGGGCCGCCGAGGGGCUCCUCCUCCUCCAGGAUGCAGUUGCUUGCGAAGGACGCUCCCUGCUGAAGAGCUUCGUCACAGCUGCCGCCCAGCGGGCAGAGUGUCUCCACGUUCUCAGUUUUGAUCUCUCAGAAUUGGAAUUCAAGGCUGGGCUGAGCACUGAAGUGACCUCCCGGAUAUUGUUUCAUGAUGCUUUCCCAGAUCCCCUGGGCUGGUGCGGGAGAGGCAGCGGCCUGACCCUGGGAGAAUUCUCCGCUUCGGGAUUGGCGUCCCGCCUGGCUUCAACCUCACAGGGAUCCGCCACGAUCGUGCUGGAUUCCCUCAGCUGGCUGCUACUCCGCCUUCCCUUUCCCUCCGUCUGCCAAGUGCUGGCACAGCUGCCCAGGAGAGCGAAUGCUGCUGGGCUGAAAAUUGUCCGGAUUGUGGCGCUCGUCCACGGGGAUUUGCACCCGCCUGCCCAGCUGGACGUGCUGAAGACGUUGGCCCGCCUGGUGGUGACCCUGCAGCCGGGACCGGGGAGCGGACGAAGUGGGGAUGGGACCCCCCAAACCGCUGUCGUCCUCCAUAGAGAGAGGGGGAAGAGGCUUCUGCAGAAGACAGAACUCUUCAGCAUCCUCCCGGGGUAUGGGUUCAAAUUCCUCGGCGAGCUGCCACCGAAAGGCGUUUCCAAAGAGGACGAGGCAGAGGAAGGACGGGAAACCGCAGAGGUUGAUCCGACGGCCCGUCUGACCUUCAACCUGCGUCUCACGGAGGCCGAGCGCCAAGCCAGGGAAUCGGUGCCUCUCCCGUACCACUUCAGCGAGGAAAAGAAGUCCUCUCUGCUACAGACAUCAACCGAGGAAGGGAAAAUCUACUACGAACCGGACGCGGCCGAUGACUUUGACGAGGAAGAUCCCGAUGACGACUUGGAUGUGUGAAGGAGAAAUGGGGGAAAUCUGUUUUUUUCCAGAUCUGGGACUGGAAUCCUUCCACCUCUUCCCGGAGAGCUGCUUUUCUUGACAACGAUGGCGGACAGAACCAGUUGGCCGCUGGGAAUGGGACUGGCAGGGCAAAUCGGAACCCGGGGCCACCCGAAGAAGAAAAAAACAGUCCAGAUUUGCUGCUUCGUUCGUCUGGAAAAGGACAGGAGUAAAAAAAAAACCAAAAAAAAAAGCGACUUUCAGGAAAUCGGUUUGGAUCCCGGAUAGGAGGAGUGAUUUGGUAUCAGCCAUCCUUUUGAGGAAGGAGAGAUUCGUAGCCGGGCAGCCAAUAAACUCAUCUGAAUGCCGACAGGACUGGCUCUAAUACAAUGGAAUAGAAUAACAGAUCUGGAAGGGACCUCGGAGGUCUUCUAGUCCAGCCCCCUUCUCAAGCAGGAGACCCUAUGCUAUUUCAGGCCAACGGUCGACCAAUCUCUUCUUGAAAACCUCCAGGGAUGGAGCGCCCACAACUUCUGGUGGCCAGCUGUUCCACGGGUUAAUUGUUCUCACUGUUCAGGAAAUUCCUCCUUAAUUCCAGGUUGCUUCCCUCCUUGAUUAAUUUCCAUCCGUUGCUUCUUCUCCUGCCUUUGGAGAAUAAUUUGACCCCCUCUUCUUUGGGGCAGCCCCUCAUAUACUGGAAGACUGCUCUCACGGCCCCCCCCCAAUCCUUCUUUUCUUUAGACUCACAAACCCAAUUCCUGUAAAAUCUUCAGGCCUUUGAUCAUCUUAGUUACAUAAAAACGAUAAACCAUCA